AUGGAAGUGUCCGGGCGUAAGGAUGACUUGGCUCAACCUCAGCCAGUUGCAUCCAAGAAAGCAGAUAAGAGUUACUGCGAUCCAUGUCAACACGAUGGCCACCAUCUACCUGCAGACGGAUACUGUGUAGAUUGUAAAGAAUAUUUGUGUUCGGCGUGCUAUAGCAUACAUAGACGACCGGCUGUAUGGAGACACCACCAGCUUCUGGAUGCGCAAGCAAUGCCGAAAAUCAAACCAGCAACAAAAGUAAAAGAUACAUGUACGGAUGUAUGCCAAAAACAUACAGAAAAAAUUAUUGAAUACUUCUGCAAUGAGCAUGAAACCUUCGGAUGUUCCGCAUGCAUGACGACAGGUCAUCGUGCGUGUAUCAAAGUCGAUUAUGUCCCGGAAGUUGCUGCUACAUACGACACAAGUGCGGAGCUUACUGAAACGCAAGAACGUCUUUUGGAAUUAUUCAAGUUGAACGAGAACAACAAGUCUGACAUACUAAGUAAAUCUAAAGCAGUUGAUCUUCAAGCUAAACGAGCAAAGGCGCAAAUUAAGAAUUUGAGAACAGAAGUCAUUGAGUUAUUUGAUAUACUUGAAAAAGACAUCGACAAGUCAGUCGAUGAUAUAAAGUUCAAAGACGAGACAACGAUAACAAAGUUAGCAAUUGAAACAGAAAUAAUUUCUAACGAUCUUCAGAAUUAUAUAUCUGAAAUUGAAACAAAAGUAAACGAACGAAAGAUUUGUCAGUUGUUCAUUGCAACAAAGUGCAUGAAGGAACCGGUUGGCAAAAUAGCGGAGGAGAUAAAAAGAGUAACUGAAAACGAAAGUAUUCAAAAAUAUGUCUUUGAGCCAGAUCCAGUGAUUGUUGACAUGAAGCAGAAGCUUACAGGAAUUGGCACACUUAAAUUUCUAGAUAAACAUGCUAAGUUGUCUGAGUUUGAAGGUGAUAUCAACGUGAAAGCAGAAGAUGAUAACGAAGACUGCAAGAUUACAGGAAUGACUUUACUGUCUGAAAAGCAACUUGUAGUUGCCGAUAUCAGAAACCGAUCUGUAAAACUGGUGGACGUUGAACAGAAACAGCUAACUUCCAUUUAUGAAUCGGAAGAGCCACCAUUUGAUGUGACAAAAGUUGAACAUCUGCAGAUUGCUGUUUCCUAUCCUUCUGCCAGUACAAUUAAGUUCCUUACUAUAUCAGAGUCCGGAAGUUUCAAGUUUGAUAGAGAUAUAAAUGCGACUGGAAAAUGUCGUGGUAUUACGUGUAUCGGAAGUAAUUUGGUCGUGUCGUUCAGAUUUCCACCGGUAGUGAAGAUACUUACUACAAAUGGAAGAGUUAUCAAGACAAUAAAAGGACAGUUUAGGUACCCAGACUAUGUAGCAGUAAAUCCUCUCCGCAAUACAAUUUUCAUUUCAAACUGGACUCCAGUUUUAGGUUCAGUUACAUGCGUUACAAACGAAGGAAAGGUAAACGCUGCCAGCGAUGGUAGUCAUUUAACAGAUUCUCAAGGUAUCAUUUAUGAAAAAACAGGCUCAGUGUUUGUCUGUUGCUACGCUGACCAUCGUAUUUUACAGCUAUCUGAAGACUGUAAAGUAGUACAAGAACUUUUGAACAAAAGCGAUGGCAUAAGAAAUCCAAAUUGCAUUGCCAAAAGUAAGCAAAACACACUGUACAUAGGAAUGAAUGGUGACAAAAUCAAAAUGUUUAAGCUAUAUUAG